UAUUCAUCCAUUCUUGCAGCAAACCAUCCAUUCUUGCAGCAAACCCAAAUAAAAGUGAUGGACAAACCUAACACAGAAAUCGAAGAUGUAGACGAGGAUAUGGAAGAAUCUGGUGUGAAUGUUUUAGAUAUGCUAGAGCUACAAUUGUCCGAGUAUGAAAUGUUACAAAGUAUGUUCUCAAACGCAGGGGAGAUCAAACUUGAUGACGCUACAGCUCUUGUAAAGAUAAAAGCAUUUGUAGAAGGAAAGAUAAAAUACGAGUAUUUGCAUUCAAGACUUGGUUUUGCAAUAAAAAUAGCACCUGAAGAUAGUGAGGUAACCAUGGAGCUAGUUUGCCAACUUCCUCAUGAGUACCCGAGUGUUGCCCCUGUUGUUUUCACAAGAGCUCCGAAAAUGAGUCGCAGUGACCACAGAAGAUUGAAUGAAGACUUGCAGAAUUUUAUUGUCAGUAUUGAACGUGGUGAAAUAUGUUUAUAUAGCGUAAUAGAGUGGAUACAAGAAAACCUUCAUAAAUAUAACACUGAAUCUGAUGUUAGUGAAAGCUCGCAAAAACCUCAAGUUGAGGAAGAUACAAUAUUUACGAGGCUGUGGAUUUAUAGUCACCAUAUUUAUAGUAAGUUUAAAAGACGUGAUAUUAUAGACUGGGCGGAAGAGUUGAAAUUGACUGGUUUUAGUUUACCAGGCAAGCCUGGUGUUGCUUGUGUUGAAGGUUACAGCAGACCUGUUGAUGAAUACUGGCAUAGACUGAGACGAUUAAAUUGGAAACGACUCAUGGUUAAGGAAAAGGAAGAAACUGAUAUCGGAAAUGAUGAUUUAAGUAAACAUAGAAAGUUCGCCAACUUUGAGGAGAAAGUGUUUGAUGUCCGUGGUGGUAAGGGACGUGAAUAUCACAUGGACUUAGGAAAAUUUUACGAAUUUUUAGAAAGUCAUGGAUCUGGACACAUAUUCCAAAUGUACUUUGGUGUAGAAGGGAAGAAUUCCUCUGUCUCAUGACAAAUAGUUGUGUACUAUUGUUUGUAAUUUUUUAUCAUGCAAUGUAUAAAACUCACAAAUAAUAUAUUAUCAUAUCUAGAUAACCAAAUAUAUUAUGCCUUCAAGUAAAUUACAUAUAAUCAAUUCAGCUUGAGAUGUUAAAAAUCACAUUAUUUUGUUACUUUAUAUGUCUGAUAGAGAUAAAGACAGAGUUGAUAUGACAAGGGUAUCUCAUUGAUUUAUCAGGGAAAUUUUGUUUGUUUGUUUUGGGUUUCAAGUCCUCAUAUAGUGAAUUACCAGCUUUACUUGUGAAUCUCAUACCGGAGUAGAACCACUGACAUUCUGCAAGCUGGAUAACUUCCUCACAUGAGGGAAUUCAAAGUUGCAGGUGGGAUUGGAACCAAUAGCUGUCUGUGGCAAGUCGAUGAAAGUCAACAAUCCAAAACCACUUGGUCAUAGAAGCCGUCCAUUCAGGCAUACAUUGUAUAUAUCAGGAAUGUAUCUGUAUGACAUUUAUUGUGAACAUUUGAUGUAUAAAGAUUCUCGACUGGUUAUAUGGCCACAUAUAAAUGGUGGUUUGCAAUAUUACCCUUGUCAAGUGGCUCAGGUUAUAUAUGCAAACAACCAUUUAUAUAGUGCCAUAUAACCUUUGCCAUAUAAUAUAUUACAAUACGGCAAACUUCCUUUAUUAGAGAAAAAAAAGAAAGAUUGGUCAAGUAGCAAGCACUCCGUAAUAUCUGUCACAAAUCUUUAAUGGAAAAUAAUAUGGACAAGACUAUCAUUUUUAGGGAAAAUUUUUCAAAAAUGUACUGACUAAAUAGCAAACAGUGAGGACUGUGAGGAUGUCCCCAUUUUCCAUGAUCUGCACUGUUUGGAUUGGUAGAUUCAGCCCCCAUGGUCACUAAGAUUUAACAAUCAGGAUAAAAACUUGAAUAUUUUCCUUUUUUGUUGUUUUUUUGGCCCAUUUAUUUAUGAAAAAUAAUACGAGAAUACAAACCAUGAUAACUUUAGCAUUUACAUUGAUAUGUAGAUAACUAAAAAAAAAUUUGUUUUGUUAUGUUUUUUGUCGGGUAUUAUAUCAGAAUAUAUAAGACAUUUUAAAGUUAAGAGGUCCUUUCAUUUACACAAUUACACAAGAAAAGGGGCAAAAAUGAUGAAAAGAAAAGAGUAAAUAAACUGCUUUGGUAACAUUUUUCUCUGCAUGUACUAUUUAGAUGUCAAACAAUUCAAUUAGAUUUAUCCAGCAAUUUUCAAAUUCUUCUAAUUUAUCAUUUUGUUACGCAAUAAUUCUUUCAAUUUUUAAUCUGUUUAAAAAUUUUUCCAUUGAUUAUCCUCAUAUAUAAAAUAUUGUAUAUUAACUUGAUAAAUUUGAAAUUAAAAUAGCAUGCUUAUAAUAUUUUAGAAUAAACUUGUUGUUAUUUUACAAGAUAUUGGCAUUAUACAUUUGAUUCAAAUAUUGAUUGAUCUUUAUUUUGAUUUGAUUGUUUUUGUAUGCAUGUAUUUGUUAUGUUUUUGGUCAGUUUUAUUAGCUCACCUGUCACUUUGUGACAGGGUGAGCUUUUGUGAUCGCUUUUCGUCCGGCGUCUGUCCGUCCGUAAACUUUUACUUUAAAUGACAUAUCCUCAUAAACCACUAAGCCAAUUUCAUCCAAACUUCACAGGAAUGUUCCUUUGGUGGUCACCUUUGAAAAUUGUUCAAAGAAUUAAAUUCCAUGCAGAACUCUGGUUGCCAUGGCAACCAAAAGAAAAAACUUUAAAUAUCUUCUUCUAAAAAACCCAAGGGGGUCAUUGAUUUUCCCUAUAUGUAUAUAGUAAAAACUUAAAAAAUCUUCUUUUAAAGAACCCAAAGAGCUAGAGCUAAGAUAUUUAGCAUGAAACAUCUUCUAGUGGAUGUCUACCAAUUUUGGUCAAAUAAGAGCCCUUGGGUCAAAAUUGGCCCCGCCCCGGGGGACAUUGAUUUUCCUUAUAUGUGUAUAGCAAAAGCUUAAAAAUCUUCUUCGAAAAAACCCAAAUAGCUAGAGUUUAGAUAUUAAGCAUGAAACAUCUUCUAGUAAGUGUCUACAAAGAUUGUUCAAAUAAAAGGCCUGGAGUCAAAACUGGCCCUGCACCAGGGGUGUCAUUGUUUUUAAAUAUAUGUGUAAAGAAAAAACUUAAAAAAUCUUCUUUUGAAAAACCCAACGAGCUAGACCUCAGAUGUUUAGCACGAAACAUCUUCUAAUGGGUGUCUACCAAGUUUGUUCAAAUAAAAGCCCUGGGGUUUAAACUGGCCCCGCUCCGGGGGGCCUAUAUACAGGUGAGUGACUUCAGGGCCAUCAUGGCCCUCUUGUCUUAAGAUAGGGUUGUUUCUUUGCAAAUCAGCAAUUUUGUUUAUAUUUUGUUUAAUUUGUACCAUUUAAUUUUCGCAAAAUACAAUCAAUUUUAAUUUUUUAAAACAAUCAAUUUUAGUUUUAUAGAACAAUCUUUUCUAAGUGAACAUAGGGUCAGGUGUCUACAGCAAGGUGAAGGUUAAAGCAGCAUUUCUUAAGUAUGGAAAAUUGCAUCACUGGCAAACAAUUGUAAUUUUGACAGAAAACAAAAGCAAAUAAAAAUAAGAAAAAAACUACAAAAGAAAUACCAAAGCCUUGCUUAGUUAACUAUUUUUGGCACAUACUUCACCCAAUAAUUUGUGUUAUUGACUUGCCUAGUUUGAAUUUGGACCAGUUCAUUUCAGAGAACAA